AUGUCGACAAAUCUGUCAAUUCCUCCUCCACCGGCAGUGUACCUUCUCAUAGGGUCCCUCCCAUUGCUGGUCAUUUCGGAGUCCGUAUCCCGAUCCCACACAGGGACGGCUCUAUUCAAGAUGCUCUCUUCGGUCGCUUUCCUCAGCGGGCCACUCUUUUUAACCUCAGGAGAGUGGACUUCCACUCGUUCUCUCAUCACGGCCGGCCUUCUUUUCUCCCUCGCCGGAGACUUCUUCUUAAUCCCCUCGCGAAGCGAAUUCCACAAUGCGAACUCCAACCCCCAACAGGAAAAGAAAAUCUCCAUUUCCUUCCAGCUGGGCGUCAUCGCCUUCGCAGCAGCUCAUAUCGCCUAUAUCCUGGCCUUCUUCCAGGAUAACGAGACCAUCUCGUGGGGAACCUUCGCGACAACAUUCCUCGUAACAAUGGCGGUCGCAAAAUGGCUUGGCGUAAUCUAUCCACCACCGCAUUCCUCGGCUCGAAGUAAUGUGCUCGAUCUCGAUCUUCCUGCGGAUAUGAAACCGUUGGUCCUGGUAUAUGCUACCAUCAUCAGCGUGAUGUUUGCUACUGCAGCUUCGACAACUCCGGUAGAUGUUUCGUCCCGCUGGCAGUAUCAGCGAGUGUUUGGUGCGGCAAUGUUCGUUGCUAGCGACGUUUACGUUGCGAAGGAUGCGUUCAAGAAAUCACCUGGAAGCCGGGGUUGGGUUCAGAGUACUUUUGGGUAUGGGUUGUAUUUUUGGGGGCAGAUGGUUAUCGCGGGGUUGGUGUAG